AUGUUACUACUUGCUUUGUUGAUGUUUCUUACCUAUCAUGUCGGUCAGUACAUCAUCGGAGAUGCUAUUCACGAUAUACCACUGCUCCUCUACUAUUGGCGACCAUACUUCUCACCAAUUACAACUGCAUUUGCGUCAUGGGUAGAGCCAUGGUCAUGCCUUGCUUUUAACCGUGAAAUUAGGCGAAAUAUCAUAAAAAUAGUGUGCUGUCGGAAGAAACGUCUUGGAUUAACGACGAUGCACAACAUGCUCAGCUUAUUCUUACUGGCCGUCUUUGCAUCAACAGCUCUUGGGCAAUUUUACGGUGGCCGCGGCCCUUACGGAUUUGGACCACGUCCCUAUGGAGGUGGAUUUGGCCGUGGCCCAUAUGGAGGCGGAUUUGGUCGUGGUCCUUAUGGAGGCGGAUAUGGCCCACGACCUUAUGGAGGCGGAUUUGGUCGAGGCCCAUAUGGAGGCGGAUUUGGUCGUGGUCCUUAUGGAGGCGGAUACGGUCCACGUCCCUAUGGAGGCGGAUUUGGUCGUGGUCCUUAUGGAGGAGGAUUCGGCCGUGGCCCCUAUGGGGGCGGUAUGCCAGGUGGAUUCGGAAUGAUGAAUCCUAUGGGAAUGGGAAUGGGUGGAAUAAUGAGCUCUAUGAUGGGUGCAAUGAUGGGAUAA